GAAAGUGAGGAGGAUGAAAUUGGGAAUCUGGAGCUAGCCUGGGACAUGCUGGAGUUAGCAAAAGUCAUCUACAAGAGACAAGAAACAAAAGAAGCUCAGCUCCAUGCAGCUCAAGCCCAUCUAAAGCUAGGAGAAGUUAGCAUUGAAUCUGAAAACUACACACAGGCUAUAGAGGAGUUCCAGGCCUGCCUGGCCCUGCAGCAGAAGUACCUGGAGGCCCACGACCGCCUGCUGGCAGAGAGCCACUACCAGCUGGCGCUGGCCUACCACUACAACAGCCAGUUUGAUGAGGCAGUUCUGCAGUUCGGUAAAUCUGUAGAAGUCAUCGACAAGAGAUUGGCAAUGCUCACUGAGCGAAUAAAGGCGGCAGAAAAUGGGUCCCCUGAAGAUGAGAAGGAGAUUGAAGAACUGAAGGGAUUGCUUCCUGAAAUUAAAGAAAAGAUAGAAGAUUCAAAGGAAUCUCAAAAGAGCGCAAGAGUAGCUGAGCUGGCACUGAAAGCAACUCUGGUUGGAACUACAUCUGGCUUUGCACAAAGUGAAGACAGUGGUUCUGUUUCCACAAUCCCAGUAAGGAAAGCAGCUGAUGGUGCAUCUCAGUGUGUUACAGACAUCUCUCACCUAGUCAGGAAAAAGAGGAAACCAGAGGAAGAGACUCAACAGGGAGACAGUGAAGCUAAGAAACCUAAAGCAGAGCCGGCUGUCAAUGGUGGUGGUGGCGAUGCUGCCUGCAGCGGAAACGAGGUGGCAGAAAAGAUGGAAGAGGAGACAGAGAAAAGGCCACAAGCAGAAUCAGGGGCUGCAGUUGAAAGCACAGUAUGAUAAUUCUUUAACCUUGGACACUCCUCUCCUUACAAGGAAAAUGGUUUUGUAUAUAGUGUAUUUUUUCACUUUUUGGCAACUUUUGUAUGACUUCAAUAAAGAUUGUAAGCAAA